AUGGAAUUUCCUGUAAGGACUCCAUCUUGUUUGUGUGGAGCUGACAACGUGGUUUGGAGCCUACACUCAGCAGUUCCUCAGCAGUGCUUCUCACUCUUCUCCAAACCUUCAGCUCCAGAGCACCCAGUCUCCUCAACAGAGCCUGUGGGGACAUCAGUGACAGGACACAAUCGCCAAAUUAAUUCCCAACGAAGAAGACCAGGAUGCUUGAAUUUUUACCACAGAAGAUUGCUUAAUUGCCCUGAGAUGGUUCGUUCUGGCAUGUAUCUUUCAUCCCAGCAGCAGCAAGAAGGAAAUCCAGCAACAAGUGAUGCCCAGGUGGAUUCACAAAUAAGAUACGCUCCCUAUGCCAUUUCAUCCCAUCAUCGUCGGAGAGGUAGUUUUCGUAAACAAUACCAAACUCGUGGUAAGAUGGAGAAAGAACAAAAUCUUCCAGAGAGAAGAAUGGAGGGGACACAGGGUGGGAUUUCAAGCAACUGGUUCAAGAUCACAAUUCCAUUUGGCAUAAAAUAUAAUGAGCAGUGGCUAUUGGACUUGAUUCAGAGCCAGUGCAGUAUCCCAUUCAGGCCGGUUGAGUUUCACUAUGAUAAAAUGCAAGCCCACUUCUUUGUUGAGAAUUCCUGUAUUGCCUCUGCUUUGAAGGAUAUCAGUGGCAAGAUUUGGGAUGAGAAUCAUGAAGGGAUAUCAAUCUUCGUCACUCCCUCUGAGGUACCCUGCUCUGUGCAGGAGGAGUUGAAAUUGGAAAAAGUGGAACAGAUUAAGCUGUCUACAAACAUACAAGGUGAUGCCUCCCAGCAACCUGCUGACAUCAAGAGCCUCAGCUCUGACCCAGACUCGAUGGCCCACAAUAUUGAAAUGGCAUCAAAUCCUAGAAUGUGCGAGGCUUCCUCUCUGCAAAUCCAUGAAGAGAACAUGCCCAAGGUGAAGUCUUUGGGGAAGACGGACAAGGAGAAAGGGCUGGAUCCAGAAGAAAUGUGUAUGGACAGAAACCCCCAGGGUGCCACCUGCCCGGAUAAGUCCAGCAACAUAAACUCUAUCCUAGAAUUGUUCCCCAAGUUAUUAAGCCUGGAUGGCCCAAAGUCACCUGGAACCCUCUGUGGCACAGAAGCGAACAAGAUGUUACCAACUAGCAAGGGAAGCUUCUUCGGAUCUGAGAUACUGAAGAACGUGAUCCUGCAGUUUCUGCAGCAGUAUUACUUGUUCUAUGACUAUGGAGAUCGCUGUAGUCUCCUUGAUGCUUACCAUGAUGAGGCCUGCUUCUCCCUGACCAUGCCCUUCAACUCCAUGGAUCUGAUCCCGAGCGGUCUGUGUGAGUACUUGAAGAACAGCAGGAAUAUCAAGAAUGUCACGGACCGCCACCUGCGAAGGCAACUGCUGCAACACACAAACCAUGCCAUUGUGGAUGUCCUCCGUGUGUUACCCAGAACUCAGCAUGACUUCAGCUCCUUCUUGGUGGACAUGUGGUUCGAGACGGAAACUAUGCUCUGCUUUUCUGUCAACGGGGUGUUCAAGGAAGUGGAAGGAGAUUCUCAGGGGUGUGUUUGGGCUUUCACCCGGACCUUCAUCACUAUCCCUACCAGCAAUUCCAGCCUGUGCAUCAUGAAUGACAAGCUGUUUAUGCAGAACACCAGAACCCAAGAGCCUCAGAGUGCCUUCUCCAUCUCAGUGCCCACACCCUGCUCCAGCUCCAUGCCUACUCUCUCUCAGGCACAGCAAGAAAUGGUGCAGGCUUUGUCCAUUCAGUAUGGAGUGAACCUCGAGUGGUCUCAGAAAUGUCUUCAUGACAACAACUGGGAUUAUGCCAGAGCUGCUCAGUUUCUCACUCUGCCCAAGAGAAUGCAGGACAGCCCGUUUGGGUACCAGGCAGAAACAUCAAGCCUGCAACUGACAGCCAACUAG